AUGGAACUUUUAUCAGUGUUUUCCAAGAUAGGCACAUGUGAUUUGACACUGCUAGAGCAACAUUUUAGCUUGGAAGAUAAAGAUAUCAUUUCCAGUAUUGCCCUCGGAUCAGUCUCACAACUGGGGGAUAGCAAAUACUGGUUUUUCUCAAAGAAUGGGAAAUAUUCUGCGAACACUGGGUAUCGUGUGGCGCUAAGGCAGUGUGGCAGUGUGAUGAGGACUUUGGAGUGGGGGGAUCAUAUCAGGGUGCUUCAUAAGGUUGUGGCUACAGUGUUGUCAAAAGCUAACUUAGAGCGGUUUGCUUGUUGUGUGUGGAAACUACGUAACUUUUCUUUGCAUGGGAAACAGAUUACACGGUUGGAGGAUAUGGUAGAAAGCACGAUGGAGAUGUUGGCGGUGUUCAAAUCUUGUGAGAAGCGGCCCAGGGCUUUGGGUCAUGAGGAAAGUGGUCGAGGUCUGGGGGGCUGCUGUUGUGAUCAUGACGACAGCUUUAUCUUUGGUUUUUCUUACGGCGAUCCACCUGGUUUGGAUGUUUUGGGUACUAAGUUGGCGGCGGUUCGGGAAGGUUUAUUGAUGGUGGGAUACAUGGGCUUUACACGGUUUAACAUUGGCCUUGAUUCUCAAGAAGUUAUUGCUAUACUCAAAGAUGGUAUGGAUUGGUGGAGUAAUAUUGGAAAUGUGGUGGAUGAUGUUCGUCGGUUAAUGGUUGAUCGAGAGGUGGUUGGAGUGUUUUAUCAACAUCGAAAAGGCAAUGGGGUGGCGCUUGGCCUUGCCUAA